UCACUAGAGGGCGCACUUUCUUUAUGAACUGCAGCUCUUCAACUUCCGUUUCCGAAAGGGAAGCAGCCGCAAUAUCAACAUUUGUUACAUUCAAUUAACGUUUUUUUCUAGUAACAAGUACUACGUUAAAAGUGUGUUGUGUUCUGAUGUAGGUGUCUUAAGGAUGUCGGGGCAGAAGCGUCCUGCAGACCCCAGCGGUCCCCCUUCGUCCUCCGGUGUGCACCCAGAAAAGCGAAGGGAGCGGGAUGGAGAGGACGGAGGAAGUUCCGGUGUCAGUGCGACUGCAGGUGGGAGCACAGCGGUGGAGACGGUCAUCAAACUGGGAGGCGUUUCCAACUCGGAAGAACAAGACAUUAAAGCUCUCCAGACAAAGAAUCGUAAACUGGGGGAAUCUUUAGAUCAAAGACAGGGGAUAGAAGAUGAACUACGAGAGCGUAUCGAGAGACUUGAGACCCGCCAGGCUACCGACGACGCAAGUCUGCUCAUCCUCAAUAGAUACUGGAAUCAGCUUGAUGAAAAUAUAAAGCUCUUCAUCAGAUGUUAUGACCAAUCACCUAGCGAACCUGAGAAGUCUCCAAUAGGAGAGGGAAGGAACCUGAAGCCGGAAACCCCUGAGCCUGACGGAGACUCCAAUCAGGAGAGGGCAAAGGACAGAAGCCACCAGGGAGAAGCGUCCAACUCAUUCCUGGCCACACUGGCCAGCAGCACCAGUGAGGAGAUGGAAGCUGAGCUCCAAGAGAGGGUGCAGUCCAGUCAAAUGCAAGCCGCUCGCAUUGUGGAGAUCUACAAGUGUCUAAAGAGCACCGUGGACCAGCUGAAGACCGACGUGGACUCAGGAGUCGCGGGGAACUUGUGGCCGGCAGCUUCCAAACUUAACAUGCUCCUCACCAGUGAAAACGAGCGUCUUCAACAGCUGACCGAAGACCUCAAGCGGAAACACAGUCACAUGACCAGUGAAUCUCGAGCUCUGGCCCGUGCGGCAAACAAAGCGGACCAGCGUGUCAGCGAGCUGCAGGUUCUCAUUGAAGAGCUUCAGUGGGAUAUGGAGAAGAUUCGUCGGCGAGAAAAUCGCCUGAAUGCACACAUGAGCGAGAUACUUGAAAGGGUGAACAGCAAAGGCUACAAGGUGUGUGGGGAGGCCAGUAGUGUUUGUGGAACUAUCACUAUCAACAAGAGAAAGUUUGAGGAAAUGAACAGCGAGCUGGAGGAAAACCAAGAGCUGGCAGACAAUCGUCUCACUGAGCUUCAGAAACUCCAGCAGGACCUCCAGAAUGUGGUGCAGGAGAACAACAACAUGAAGGCGGAGCUGCUGAGUCGGGCGGAGGGCAUGGUGAAGGAGACCUCAGAGUACCGCUGCCUGCAGUCGCAGUUUUCCGUGCUGUACAACGAGUCUCUGAUCCUCAAGGCGCAGUUAGACGAGACCCGCGCUCGCCUCAACACAACUCGGACAGCGCGACUUCGACAACUGGAACACAUGGAGAAUGACGAGGUGACCUUGCAGAGGAAGGUUCGCACUGAGGUCUUUCAGCUGGAAGAUACGCUGGCUCAAGUCCGGAAGGAGUAUGAGAUGCUGCGCAUUGAAUUUGAGCAGACGCUCGCCGCCAACGAGCAAGCCGGCCCUAUAAAUCGAGAGAUGCGCCAUCUGAUCAGCACGCUACAAACUCACAACCAGCAGAUGAAGGGAGAGGUUGUGAAAUACAAGCUGAGGCUGAGGGAGACACAAGCCGAACUCAACCAGAUCCGCCUUUCGAAGGGAAACAGCAUCUUGCAAUCUCAGUCCAGCACAGAGAUAGACGUGAAGGAGGACACGACUUCUCCUACGACAGUACCCGCGUCGGGGGAGACGGUGGUCAAGACUGAGCCUCCUGACAACGGCUCAUCUACGCCCAGCAGCACUGGCACCUCGGUGAAAACAGAGGCAGGAGUCGAGCUUGACGUAUCGGUCAAGGAGGAGGAGAAAGAGGAGAAGAAAGAGAAGGAGGAAAAGAAAGAAAAAGAAACCCUCAUCAUCAAGAAAGAGGAGAAAGAGCGCGAGAGGGAGAAAGAGAGAGAGAGGCCAACUCGCAGCAGCGUGAGCAACAGCGGGAUAAAGGAAGAGAAGGACAAACCCGGAAGUAGCAGCCAGCCCGAGGAGUCUUCCGGGGAGAGGCUUUCUUCAGCCGGAGGGCCAAAAAGGAAAGAGGUGGAGCAGCUGAAGAUUGUCAGAGUCGAGCUCAAAAAAGCCCAGGAGUCCCAAAGGGAGAUGAAGCUGCUUUUAGACAUGUAUCGCUCAGCCCCAAAGGAGCAGAGGGACAAAGUCCAGCUGAUGGCAGCAGAGAAGAAGGCCAAGUCGGAGGCGGAGGAACUGCGUCAGCGGCUGAGGGAGCUUGAGGAACGGGAGAGGAGAGAGGGCAAGAAAAUGGCCGACGAGGAGGCCCUAAGAAAGAUUCGCUCAGUUGAGGAGCAGAUCGACAUCCUGAACAAAAAGCUUUCCACAGCAAAGCAGGAGGAGGACGCCCUGCUGAGCGAGAUGGACGUGACGGGCCAGGCCUUCGAGGACAUGCAGGAACAAAACAUUCGCCUGAUGCAGCAGCUCCGAGAAAAAGACGACGCCAACUUCAAGCUGAUGAGCGAGCGCAUCAAGUCCAACCAGAUCCACAAGCUGUUGAAAGAGGAGAAGGAGGAGCUGUCGGAUCAGCUGCUUACUUUAAAAACUCAGGUGGACGCCCAGUUGCAGGUGGUGAGGAAGCUGGAGGAGAAGGAGCGCCUCCUGCAGGGCACUAUUAGCACUGCAGAGAGAGAACUAGCACUUAGGACACAAGCACUGGACAUGAACAAACGCAAGGCUCAAGAGUCAGCGUUGUUGUCAGAGGAAGUGCGGACUCAGCUGGAGCAGGUUCAGCAGAGGCUCGCCGUGGUCCGAGAAGAGGUUGUAGAGAACAGCAUCUCCAGGGAGAAGGAGUCGUUCAACGCCCGACGAGCACAGGAGGACAUCUCGAAACUCAGAAGUAAGAUUGAAAAAGCCAAGAAACCAGCUGAGAAAAUCAGCAAUGGCGACGACCUCCUAAAUGAAGAAAUUAGCGAUUAUAAGGCCCGGCUAACGUGUCCCUGUUGCAACUCUCGGGUGAAGGAUGCCGUCCUGACAAAGUGCUUCCAUGUCUUCUGCUUUGAGUGCGUCAAGACACGCUACGACACGCGCCAGAGGAAGUGCCCCAAGUGCAACGCCGCGUUCGGGGCCAAUGAUUUCCAUCGUAUUUACAUCGGCUAGUCCACUCCUAAUGGAAGGCGGAAAAGAGGACGAGCAGUAUAGUGCAGAUGCUGCCCGGAGCACUUGUUCUCCUCUUUUUUUUCUUUUUUUUUUGUGUUGAAACAGCGCUACUGUACGUGUCCAGUCUCAAACGGAACUGAAGGCUUUAAUAUUUAGCUUUUAGUUGCUACUUUUGUUUUUUUUUAAGCUGACUGAAUUUGUAUGUGACAUUGAAAGAAGCAGUCACACACACAAGAUUAGCAACAUUCCUGUUUCGUUAAAAUGAGGUGUAUAUUGUUGCUUUUUUUAUUGUUAUUCUUUAAAAAAACGCUUAAAACUGUACUGAAAUAUUCUCAAGAGACUGAAACCUGAA